AUUGCCAGUAUUGUACUAUGCUAAUAAUAUAAUAUUGUAUGUAAAUUUAAUUUGUACGCUGCUCUGAGUCCCCUUUGGGGUGAGAAGGGUGGGAUAUAAAUUUAGCAAAUAAAUAAAUAAACUGGCCGGCAAAAUGUUGGAUAAAGGAAUAUGUUGGAUAAUAAGGAGGAUUACGGAAAAGCCUAUUAACAUCAAAUUAGGUUAUGAAUUUACAAAUUAAGCACCAAAACAUCAUGUUUGACAAAAUUGACAGAAAAAGCAUUUCAGUACACAGCAAUGUUAUGUAGUAAUUACUGUACUUACGAAUUCAGCACCAAUGUAUUGAAAAGAUUGACUACAAAAACACUGACUACUAAAAGGCCGACUGCGUUAGAUAAUCCAGAACGUUGGAUAAGCGAAUGUUGGAUAAGUGAGACUACUGUAUUUCGUUUCACUUCCUGGUCUGUCAGCAUGGGGCGGAAGUGACGACACCCGGGUCGAAGUGACGUCGCCCGAGGCGGAAGCGGCUUCCUCAUGCGGUGCCGGGCGGCGGCGGGAGCGGCGAUGAAGAUGUUGCGGGUGGCGCGUCCCUCUCCGCGGGCGGAAGGCGGCGUCGUGGCGGCAGAGGAAGCCUCCUCCUCGUCGGCGGCCUGUUUGGCGGCGUCCGCGCUACGCGGAGGCGGCCUGGUGGCGCUGCCCACGGACACCGUCUACGGCGUGGCCUGCCUGGCCGAGGACUCUCGGGCGCUGGAGGCCCUCUACCGCCUCAAGGGCCGCGAUCCCGGCAAGCCCCUCGCCGUCUGCCUCCCGGACCUGGACGUCCUGCACAGGUUCUGCAAGGUCCAGGUUCCGGAGGGGCUGCUGCAGGACCUUCUCCCGGGCCCUGUGACGCUAGUCCUGGAGCGCUCCGAGGCCCUCAACCCGGAUCUCAACCCCUUCACCCCGCUGGUGGGCGUUCGCAUCCCCAACCACUGGUUUGCCCGGGAACUGGCCAGGAUCUGCGCGGCCCCCCUGGCCUUGACCAGCGCCAACCCCAGCCACAAGGGCAGCACCUUGGACGUCACGGAGUUCCAGGAGCUGUGGCCUCAUCUCUCACUGGUGGUGGAUGGGGGGCCCCUGGGGGACACCCACAGCCCAGAGAGCCGCCUGGGCUCCACGGUGGUCGACCUCUCAGUCCCAGGCAAAUUCAGAGUCAUCCGGCCAGGAUGUGCACUUUCACAGACUCUGGACAUCCUGGUGGUCAAGUACGGCUUGACUCUGGAACCGCCUGGCUCCUGAGCCCAUCUCUCUGGAUUUUUGCUCUGGGACACUGCUGUUGUUCUUAGCAGCCGCCGUAUCAGGAAGGACUCUGCAGAACCUCCUCCCUUUGGUGCAAAAGACCCUCUCCUCCUGCCCUUGCUCUUCCUCGCUCAAAUGACUCCCUCUCUCUGGCUCACAACCAUUUCCUGUGAAGGAGUUGCUUUUUUCUUCCUUGAGAGCAGCUGACUCUUGUGUGGGGGAAGGCAGACAGAUCUGGCAAGGAAGCACUGGGAUUCUUGGGGCUGAGAACAUUGGGGUAGCAUCCUGGAGUAAAUAGGGAGCUGCUCCAUGAUAGUGGGACUUUCCUCUUAACGGGCAUCCAGUUGCCUUUGAACUUGUGAGGGUUCUGUGAAAACCCAAAGGCAUGGGUGCCGCGUUGGGACCAAUAUCAGUAAACAGAAACUUUCUGCAGA